UGCUGCUAUUUUAAACCGGACUCUCCUCCGCUCACAGUUCAUCUGCCCGCAUCUCCAGCAGAGCGACAACAACAACACGCACACAUACAUACAAAACACACACACACACACAUAUAUAUAUACACACAAAACAACCCCGAAAACACGCGCUUUCAGACAAACUCCACACUGAGAGGAAUUAACACUAAUAACAGCCGCAGAGAAACGACCUGUUUUACCCGGUGAAUGCGAUGUUUCAGAGCAGGGAGAUCCUCUGGGUGUUUAUAUUCCUCGGCAGCGCAGUCUCUCUGCAGGUGGACAUCACGCCUGCACAAGGCGAAAUCAGCGUUGGAGAGUCCAAGUUCUUCCUGUGUGAAGUCGUAGGCGGAGUGAAGGGAAUUGACUGGUUCUCGCCCACUGGAGAGAAGAUCGAACCCAACCGGCAGGAUAUCACCGUGAUCCGCAAUGACGAGACGUCCUCUACCCUCACUAUCUACAACGCUAACGUCGAUAGCGCUGGCACGUACAAGUGUGUCGCCACCAGCGGCGACCAGCAAGCCGAAGCGACUGUCAACGUGAAGAUAUACCAAAAAAUUGCCUUCAAAAAUGCUCCAUCCCCCCAAGAGUUUACAGAAGGAGAUAACGCUAUUAUCGUGUGCGACGUUGUGAGUUCUCCUCCUCCCACCGUCAUCUGGAAGCACAAAAGAGUAAAAGUCCAGUCUGAGAAAGAUGUUCGCUUUAAGAUUUUGAACAACAACCACCUGCAGAUAAGAGGAAUAAAAAAGACAGAUGAAGGUGUGUACAACUGCGAGGGGCGUGUCAUGACCCGGGGUGAGAUCGACUUUCGCCCAAUCCGAGUGGUGGUGAACGUUCUGCCGACUGUCAGAGUCCGUCAGGCUGAGGUGAACGCCACGGCUGACCUGGGUCUCUCCGCCAUGCUGGCCUGCGAUGGAGACGGCUUUCCAGAACCUACAGUCACAUGGAAACGUUCUCUCAGGAACGACGUUCUGCUGGAGAGCGGGGAUAAGUACAGCUUCAAUGAGGACGGCUCGGAGAUGACUAUAAUGGACGUGAAGAAGUUGGAUGAGGGAGAUUACACCUGCAUCGCCUCCAACAAAGCCGGCAAGGCUGAAGAAGAAGUCAGCCUCCGAGUCUUUGUCAAACCCAGAAUCACAUUUUUGGAGAACCAGACCGCCACAGAGAUGGAGGAGCAGAUGACGUUGACGUGCGAAGCCACGGGAGAUCCCACGCCCACGAUCACGUGGAGCUACGGCACACGCACGUUCACCGAGGGGGAACAGGAGCAUCUAAAGAGGAUUUAUCAGGCCUCUUGGACUCGGCCCGAACAACACAAGAGUGCGGAUGGAAAGGUGGUGGUGCGCAGCGACGCUCGCGUGUCCUCCCUCACCCUGAAGUACGCUCAGUACACCGACGCCGGAGAGUACCUCUGCACCGCCCGCAACGCAGUCGGAGAGACCUCUCAGCACAUGUACCUGGAAGUGCACUAUGCCCCCAAAAUCCUGGGCUCGGUGGCGGUCUACACAUGGGAGGGAAACCCGGCCAACAUCAGCUGCGAGACCCUGGCUCAUCCCAGCGAGGUGUCUAUUGUGUGGCUGAGGGAUGGAUUCACGCUGCCCAAUGCCAACACCUCCAACAUCAAGAUCUAUAACACUCCCUCUGCCAGCUUCCUGGAGGUUAACCCGGACUCCCAGAACGACUUUGGCAGCUACAACUGCACCGCCUCCAACGUGAUCGGGACCGAGUCCAAAGAGUUCAUCCUCAUUCAGGCCGAAGUGCCCUCGGUACCAGUCAUCACUCAGGUGCAGCCCUACUCCAGCACGGCUCAGCUGCUGUUCGAUGAGCCUGAAUCUUCAGGAGGAGUUCCUGUGCUUAAGUACCGCGCCGAGUGGAAAGCCAUGAACCGGAAUAACUGGGUCCAGAGAGUCUACGAAGUCAGAGAAGGAGGCUUAAACGCGAUCACAAUCACCGGCCUUAAACCAGAAACUCAGUACGAAGCCAAGAUGUCUGCGAUCAACGGUAAAGGAGAGGGAGAGAGCAGCUCUACGGUCUCCUUCAAGACGGAGCCUGUUCGGGAACCCACCCCCCCCAAACUGGAAGCCAUCCUGCAGCCUAAAGGCAACGCCCUCAGAGUUAACUGGGUAAAGCAGGACGACGGAGGCUCACCUAUCACUCACUAUCUCAUUCGAUACAAAGCGAAAGAGGAUCCGGUGUGGAAGCCAGAGAUCCGGCUGCCCAGUGUGAGCGAGUACGUGCUCCUGAGUGCUUUAGACUGGAACACAGAGUACGAGGUGUUCGUAGUGGCCGAAAACCAGCAGGGCAAAUCGAAACCUGGCAUCCUGACCUUCCGCACAUCCUCAAAGCGCGACGCCAUUCCAGAAUCCAUGGAGGACGGUGCAGGACUGAACACAGGGGUCAUUGUUGGGAUCCUGGUGCUGGUGUGUGUGCUGCUGCUCCUGGCUGUGGAUGCCACCUGCUGCUUCCUCAACAAGUGUGGGCUGCUCAUGUGUCUCUGCGGAAAGCCCAAGACGGGUGCGAAGGGCAAAGACAUGGAGGCUGGCAAGGCUGCGUUCGUUAAGGACGAUUCCAAAGAGCCCAUUGUGGAAGUGAGGACUGAGGACGGGCUCACGGCCAAUCACGACGCAGGAGGGCACUCUGAGCCCAACGAGACCACACCCCUGACAGAGCCUGAGCGACUGGCCGAAGCCGCGGCCACUGUGGUGGACUUGCCCUUAUCAAUGGCCACAAACUCAGACACAGUUACCGACACCUUUGACCUUAGCCAGAGCAGCCCCGUUAGCGAGAGCACCACCCUAACGUCCAGCCUCACGGCUCCGCCCCCUGAUCCCAGACCUGCCCUGACCACAGGCCCUGAAACCAGCACCCCUAAAAGCUUCUCCCAGCCUCUUUCCCGCUCCCUGCUCUCCUCCGAUGUUCCUUUGGUGGACCUGGCUGAUCCUUUACCUGUUCAAAUCCCAGAAGCCCCUUCCAACCGAUCAAUCCAGGCAGAUUCUCAGAUAACAUCUCCUGAUUUCACCAAUCAGGAGCCUCCUUCUCCUAGUCUUAGUUUUAGCACAGAAAACACACCUAAAGAACCAGAGAACGAUGCUGAAGAACUAGAGACGAGCCUGUUACAGAAUUCACACGAACCCGUCCCUCAGAAAGUCCCCUCAAUGAACCAUGAGCUCCAUCUAGAUGAAGGAACCCCCCAGGCUUCAGAAACACACCUCCCCCAGGAUGGCCCCGGGCACGCUCUGGGCACAGCUGGCUCCAGCGGCCCAUCUGCUCCACUGAACGAGAAAAUCCACGAAGACGAGUCGAGCAGGUCUGAAGACGAAGAUUUGAAGAAGCUCCAGUCGGAAGCAAAGUCACCCAUCGCCCUCUCGCUGGCGAACGACGUGGAGAGCAAGGCGUGAUCAGAGCUGGCGAGCUCUGAAAGGAAAAAAAAUAAAAGAAGAAGAAGAAGUGGUAGCGUCGCGGAAAUGAACACAGAAACGUUCACUCUACAGUGCCCUUAACAAAGCUUUUAUUUAUUUAAUUUUUAAUUUUUUGUCUGUUUUUUUUUUUUUUUUCGAGCAAAACGAGUGAUGAGUUUGAGAAAAGUGUGAGAGUUUUGUUGCACAUUCUUGAGACUGGAGUGUACGGGCGUACGCGAUAAAUAAAAAAAAAAUGCGCCUCUUUCCGUUUCUCGUUCGUUUCCGUUGAAAAGUUGAAGUUAUAAAAAGAUGAAGUUAAACCUCAAGAAGAAACUGCUAAUGCUGAGGCUGAAUUUACGAGUUUGUUCUGUUGAAUUCAGAUAAACACGACAGAGAGUUCGUAUCGCAUUCAGACUCCUCCCAAAAUAUCUCUCAAAAGAAAAAAAGAAGGGUGUUUUAUUUUGUUACUUUGUUUCUUUGUUUGUUUCUUUGCUUCUUUGUUUGAUUUUUUCUGGAACACGGAAAACACGGGGCAUUCAGGAGAAUUUACAGCACGUGUUCAUAUACAGUAUGUUCAUAUAUAUAAAAUGCUCUAGACAUUAUAUUUUAUUUUAUUUUAUUUACUUGCUACAUUGUUGAAAUGUAAAUGAUUGCUCCUAUUUUUUUAUCUUGAGUCUCUGGAGGGCUAGUCUUGUUAAAUAGUUCGAUUGUAUAUUUUAUUUACAUUACGCAUUUUAUUCUUUCUUUCUUUCUUUCUUUAUUUCUUUCUUUUUUUUUGUAACACACGCAGAUGUUAACCGAUGCACUCUCUCUCUUUCUCUGUGUGUGUGUUAUAUCUUAUCAUAUUUAAGCUGGUAAAAGAGUGAAAAAGAGUGAUCUUCUUCUCUGAUCUUCUUCUUUUCGGCACCUUUCAUACAAAAAAUGACCAGAUAACUUUGAGCUGACCUUUUCUUUUUUUUUUUUUAGAUUUUUCUUUUAAAUGUCUAUUUUUAUUUUUAUUGUUUUUCACAAUGAACUUCUGAAAAAUAGAAAUUUUAACAAAUAUCAGCUUUUUUUUAUUAUUAUUAUUUUUUUUUUUCGUUUUUUCGUUUUUUGAACCCUGCUUGUAAAGCGCAGAUCCUGACUCUUUUUUAUACUGUGUACCUCUGAGGGGGGGUUUGGGUGGGAGUGGGAAGAAUACAGAAGUUUGUAUUACACUGUUAAUGGCGAGCUUGUGCACUGUGAUUGUGUAUUUUAUGAGUUUUUGAAAAUAUCUGCAUAGCUUGAUGGUGAUGGGUAGCUGAUCUUUCCUUUUUACAUACAGUACCAUGAUGUAAACGGAUAGCUAUCGUCGGCUAGCCGUGUAGAACAGGGCCGUGCAGACACUUCUAUUACUCCUUAAGGUGUUUUUACUCCACCUCUCAUUGCAUGACCGUCUGCUAGGUGACAGUUGGCAGGUCUGAUUUUAUACAUGCAUGCCCAGAGCUCGGUGUCGGCCUGUGCGCAGGCUCGUGAACAGAUUAUCACAUUGGUCGUUUCGUUGGUGUUGGGCGUUUUGGAAAGCGUUUUGUCUGACAUCAUAUCAGUGAGAUAUUCAGACUCUGGGUCACGCAUCAGAGAAACGUGUCUCUCUCUGCCCGACGUCUGUUUAUACAACCGACAUUCAGUAUAACGGCAGCCAGUCUAACCCAGCAGUUAUACCUCGUAUCUCCGGGUCGGGCUCCUCUGAUGAAAAGUGAAGGGGAACAGAACAAAGAACAGCUGUGCUUUAAUUUGUCAAGCGUCAAAAAGAACAUGUCAUAAAAGUUGUGUUGUUUUAACACAUUUUGAUUAAACUAAUUAAAACAUUAA